AAUGAUUAAAAUAGAGGCGCACACUUUUAAUCAUAAAAAUGCUUUGACACCAGCUUAAUUAUCGAAUAAGUCUCCCAUUGAUAUUGUUAGAUUGAAAAAAAUCAUUUUCAAACGAGAGUUGUUAAAUACAGAAUAGAAUUUUCUCGUUUAAGUAACACCUUUAUUUCUAUAUUUCACCCAGACUGAAGAACAUUAGGAAAUUAUUUACAUAAAACCUGAUGUCCCAGAUCUAAUUAUGACUGAUCUUACCAACAUGGCGAUAUAAGAAGACAUCUCAGAAUAUCAAGCUUUGGAGUAUCACAAUAGAGCAGCCAAACUGUUAGAAUUUUAUACGCAGAAUUAGUAAUCCAAUACAUUUACUUUAGGAUUCAAGUGUAAUAUACAUCUGUUUUAUUCUCAAAAAUAAAUUAUGCCAUAAUCCUAAAGAAAUACGCAGCCUAAAAUGAAGCUUUAGAAAUGUUGUUAGAUUGUGUUUAGAUUCUUAAGAUCAAGGGACAGACUCUUAAAAAAAGUCCACCUGAAAGUUUGAGCCUAGCCAAAACCAUCUAAAAUAAACUAUUGAGAUUGAGACUCAUCUUUUAGAUCACUCUGCUAUUUUCUGAAACCAAAAAGUAAACUCUACAUUUUAUAUCAGAAAUAAACAGGCCUUGGAAAUGGCCAAGAGUGCUUUAAGAAUAUUAAAGAGCAUUAUAUAGAACACCAUUAAAUUGUGCUAACUCAUAACUGGAUCAUCAUCAGUCAAUAAAAAAUAACGUGCCAAUUCAGAAAUCAGCUCUCCUUUGCAAAAAAACCAAGCAUAAAAUCCCCCUCAACAAUAAUCUUAAAUCCUCUCUUAUCCUUAAAUUGUGGAAGUAGUCUUCAAAGAAAUACUUACUUCUAUUAAGACUAUGCUGCCAAACGAUGAAAAAUCUCACGAAGUCAUCAGUACUCAAAAUUUAAUGAUUCGCAACUUCUAAAAUAGAAGUCAGUCACUCUUUGCCUCUGAGUAUGUCUUCCAACCGCAAAAUAAUUAACAAAAUAAAUUAUUCACUAUCAUUGAUGAUACACACCCUAUGUUACAAAUGCAAAUUCUAGGGUUGAUGUAAUUAACUUAUGUAGAUUUAGAGGAGUUAUUCCCUAUAAAUAGUUUUGAGAUGGUGAUGGCCGAAGAAGUCAUCUUAGAAUUAGUAAAUCUAUCCAUUAAUUCAUUAGAUAAUGUUGACAGGAUUAAGUUUCUAUAGUAUUUCAACAGAACUCAGAUUCAUCAACAAUCAAUAAAACAAAUUAACAGUAGAAAUCUGGCUGGGCAAAGCAGUGGAGAUAUUCUAUACAUAUGUCCCACAUUCAAGUGCAAUCUUCAAUUAGAUUUAUCAGGUCUAUCAAAAGUUAUAUGGAGUAGACAAAUAAUCGAUUGUAAUCAUCUCACAAUAUAAUUUAGCCAGAAGAUGAAGAAGUUGAAUAUCAUACCAAAUUAUUGAAACCGCAUCCUUAUAACAAUAAAUCCACUCUCUCUAACAAAGUUGUCAUCAUUAUCAAAGUCCCCAAUCAUAACAAACAGUCUAAAGAAACAGAAACCAAAUAAUCUCAAAAUACAUAAACAACACUCCAAAAGAUACAAUAAAACAUUUUAGCUAAGAAGUAAGCAAUGCUUCCCCAAAAACAUAUCUUCACUCAACCUGAUACAGAGAAAAAGUUUGAUACUUGGCAUGAUGAAACAGAAAAGUCUCCUCAACAAAAGUAGAAACUAUUUAUUUAAAAACAUAAUAACUCUCUAAACUCUACUGACAUAAGACAGAGAGUAGAAAUCCUAAUGAAUUAAAUACUUAAUCAAUAGGCUAAAUUAACAUAAGAAAAACUAAAAUAGAAACAUACACCUAUAACCAUCCUAAAACAAAAGUACUAAGCGGCAUCGAAAGUUCAGGAAAAUUAAAAGACUUUUAAUCCAUUUAUGACUUCUUAAUUUAAAACCACUAUCUCUGCUAGUAGAUCUCUUUCCAAUUCUAGAAAAGCUAGUUAAGCAAACUUAAAAAGUUAAUCAAAUGGUGUAAAAACUGCACAAAUGAGAUAUCGAACUCAAAUAAGCACCAUUCCUGGAGAUGAUUCAUCUAAGUAGCUUGCUUAAUAAAUUUCAACACAAUUGGCUAGCCUAAAUCGCUAAUCUAAUGUAAAAUAUAUUAUAUUUUGAUUCCUAGAAAGGAUUCCUCCAAAAGAGAAGUGAGUCUGUUAAAAAAACAAAAAUUCCAUUUCAAUAACGUUGA